ACAUUCAUCGUGGGCCACAUCACGGAAGGUGGGAGAUUUUGACGAGGCAGAGAGGUGAUGAUGCAAGCGGGCAUCUGUGGUGAGAGUGGAAGCUGUCUUUAUUGUCGAAUGGGGCAUCAGUUUGUUGAUUACUGAGGACGAUCCGUGGUUAAUCUUGUCUUGUAGAGAGUGAGUUGCAGAGACUUGUAGUUCAGGUACAGAAGGAAGGGGAAAUAUGAGGGACGUUACUAAUGCAUCUGCCACAGCUCUCGGCAAUUCUCCGGCAACGGACGGAGAUUUCGGAAGCUCCAAUGUUGUCAGUAACCCCGCUCCUCUUCCCAAGAAGAAGAUAUGUUGCGCAUGCCCCUCGACAAAGAGGUUACGUGAUGAGUGCAUAGUCAUGCAUGGCGAGGAUGCUUGCAAGAAGUGGAUCAACGCUCACAAAGAAUGCUUGAGGUCGGAAGGAUUCAAGGUAUAAUGAUCAAACGUUAUUGAGACGAGCGGGAGUUUUCUCUUAUCCAGUGAAGUGAUGAACGAAGAGAAGCGAUGUACAUCUUAUUGUCAUUCAUUGAUAUCUUCUUGGGCGAAUUUCUGUCAUAGCGCCCCUGUGUUAUUUUCAUCGUUGGAACUCGGGGAAAGCUGAGCAGGGGAAAAGAAUCACUGUAAUUGGUCAAUUUCAGUGAUUCUAUAUAUUUCAGUGAUUUCAGUAUAGAAUCGAGCUUACUUAGGAGAAACCUGAGCGUUCAUAGGUAGAUUAGAAGAUUUUGAUAUGGUCCGAACACUACUACGAUAAAACAUUACAUCCGUCCAAUUUUGUCACCACCAAUUCUAUCAUUAAUACGCCGAAUUACGGUACACAAGUUUGUCACC